GAAUCCCUGGUUUUACAAAUAAGGCAGUGGGAAACCAUGGCUGGCUGCAGGCAGGGUGGACAACGGUGCUUGUACAAGUUGCAAUCUGCCUCGGUCCACUUUAUAGCUGCCAAACACAUCUCUCCUUUGAAGAAAUAUCAGGAUUCCCUUCAUUUCCGCCUCGCUCCCUAUUAUUUCUUCACUUUCUGUCAUGUUUCGGCCAUGUCGAUCUCUGAGACCUGGUAUGUCGUCAGAGACCAUGGCACAAACUACUGCAACCUCUACAACCUCAUUGAAGGAAGCGGUCUGACUGAAGCCGGGGGUUACAAGGAGAUCACCAGUGACUUUCUAUGCACUCAACGCUCUUCAGCCAACUGCACUGUCUUUUGACUUCUGACUCCAACAAUACCAGGGAGCUACUAUAGUAUUAAACUUAAUUUUCUGCUUUGACAAGAAGAGCAAGUGUUACAGAAAGUAAUGAUCUUGGAAAAUCAAUAGUGCUCAGAAAUAUCCGUACAUUAGCUUCCAUUUGGUCAACAUGAGUGACGGUUGUGCCAGGAACUGACACUAAUAAUGGCCUCCUUGAUUUGUAACGCUGUCCCCAACUAUGGACCGAGUA